AUGGAGCUGAGACCCUGGACUCUGCAGGGUACUGCUUUAGCCCUCUUUUGCGCUUGGUGUGCACUGAACAGCGUGGAAGCGAAGCGGCAGUUUGUCAAUGAAUGGGCGGCGGAAAUCUCCGGGGGACCGGAGGCAGCCUCUGCCAUCGCAGAGGAGCUGGGCUAUGACCUUUUGGGUCAGAUUGGAUCUCUUGAAAAUCACUACUUAUUUAAACAUAAAAACCACCCUCGAAGGUCUCGAAGGAGUGCCUUUCACAUCACUAAGAGAUUAUCUGAUGAUGAGAGAGUGAUAUGGGCUGAGCAACAGUAUGAAAAAGAGAGAAGUAAACGUACAGCUCUAAAAGAUUCAGCAUUAAAUCUCUUCAAUGAUCCGAUGUGGAACCAGCAGUGGUACCUGCAAGAUACUAGGAUGACAGCAGCUCUGCCCAAGCUGGACCUCCAUGUGAUACCCGUGUGGCAAAAAGGUAUCACAGGCAAAGGAGUUGUUAUCACUGUACUGGAUGAUGGCUUGGAGUGGAAUCACACGGACAUCUAUGCCAAUUAUGAUCCAGAGGCUAGCUAUGAUUUUAAUGAUAAUGACCAUGAUCCAUUUCCCCGAUAUGAUCCCACAAAUGAGAACAAACACGGGACCAGAUGUGCAGGAGAAAUUGCCAUGCAAGCAAAUAAUAACAAGUGUGGGGUCGGAGUUGCAUACAAUUCCAAAGUUGGAGGCAUAAGAAUGCUAGAUGGCAUUGUGACCGACGCUAUUGAGGCCAGUUCAAUAGGAUUCAACCCCGGACAUGUGGAUAUUUACAGUGCAAGCUGGGGCCCAAAUGAUGAUGGCAAAACUGUGGAGGGGCCUGGCAGACUAGCCCAGAAGGCUUUUGAAUAUGGUGUCAAACAGGGGAGACAAGGCAAGGGCUCCAUCUUCGUCUGGGCUUCGGGGAACGGGGGGCGUCAGGGAGACAACUGUGAUUGUGACGGGUACACGGACAGCAUCUACACCAUCUCCAUCAGCAGUGCCUCCCAGCAAGGCCUCUCGCCCUGGUAUGCAGAGAAGUGCUCCUCGACGCUGGCUACCUCUUACAGCAGUGGGGAUUACACCGACCAGCGAAUUACCAGCGCCGACCUGCACAAUGACUGCACAGAGACCCACACAGGCACCUCGGCCUCCGCACCCCUGGCUGCUGGCAUCUUCGCUCUGGCCCUGGAAGCAAACCCAAAUCUCACCUGGAGAGAUAUGCAGCAUUUGGUUGUCUGGACCUCUGAGUAUGACCCGCUGGCCAAUAAUCCUGGAUGGAAAAAGAACGGUGCAGGCUUGAUGGUGAAUAGUCGAUUUGGAUUUGGAUUGCUAAAUGCCAAAGCACUGGUAGAUUUAGCUGAUCCCAGGACCUGGAGCAGCGUGUCUGAGAAGAAAGAGUGUGUUGUAAAGGACAAUGACUUUGAGCCCAGAGCCCUGAAAGCUAAUGGAGAAGUUAUCAUUGAAAUUCCAACAAGAGCUUGUGAAGGACAAGAAAAUGCUAUCAAAUCCCUGGAGCAUGUGCAAUUUGAAGCAACAAUUGAAUAUUCUCGAAGAGGUGACCUUCACGUCACACUCACUUCUGCUGCUGGAACCAGCACUGUACUGUUGGCUGAAAGAGAGCGGGAUACAUCUCCUAAUGGCUUUAAGAAUUGGGACUUCAUGUCUGUUCACACAUGGGGAGAGAAUCCUGUAGGCACCUGGACUUUGCGAAUUACAGAUAUGUCUGGAAGAAUACAGAAUGAAGGAAGAAUUGUGAACUGGAAGCUGAUUUUGCAUGGGACCUCCUCUCAGCCAGAGCACAUGAAACAGCCUCGCGUGUACACAUCCUACAACACUGUUCAGAAUGACAGGAGAGGAGUGGAGAAGAUGGUGGAUGCGGGGGAGGAGCAGCCCACACCAGAGAACCUGAAGGAGAAGCCCCUGGUGGCAAAAAGCCCCAGCAGCAGCAGUGUGGGGAACAGAAGGGAUGAGGUGGCGGAGGGAGCCCCUUCCGAGGCCAUGCUGCGGCUUCUACAAAGUGCUUUCAGCAAAAACUUGCCCCCAAAGCAAUCACCAAAGAAGUCUCCAAGUGCAAAGGUCAACAUCCCUUAUGAAAAUUUCUACGAAGCCCUGGAAAAGCUGAACAAACCUUCCCAGCUUAGAGACCCUGAGGAUAGCGUGUAUAACGACUACGUCGACGUUUUCUAUAACACAAAACCUUACAAGCACAGGGAUGACCGGCUGCUGCAAGCUCUAGUGGACAUUCUGAAUGAAGAAAAUUAAAAUGAGGAUGUGGUCCUGAGGUGGAAAUAUUCAUUAUUCAUGCUUCUUUCUUCCCCUUAGAUUUUGCCUGUGUCUGAAGUGAUCAUUUUGUCAUUUAUCCUUAUGGUUAUAAUACCUUUUGUGAUAAUUUUCCUUUUUCUCCCCAAAUGACACAUUUGAAGGGGAUGAGCUCAAGUAAGAA